AUGGGCAAGAACUGCGCCGAGCGCAGCACGAGCGGGGCCCGCCAUGCGCCCGACCGCACACGCGCGGCGCACGACAUGCGACGCGCAGCCCGCAGGUCCGCACGACUGCGACAGCCCGCAAGCGCGACAGCCAUGAGACACCCCGCCCGACGGGCCGCAGCCUGCGCACCUCGCACCGCGCGGGCGGACCACAUGCAUGCGACAGCAGCACAGCGCGGGCCGGAAUUGGCAUGCAGCCGCACGAAGCGCCGCGCGGGCAAGCAGCGACCAGACAGUCACCCCACGACGACGGGACGACGACCUAGCGAACACCGCCGCCAAGCGGGCCGACUUGCGAACACAGCCGAAAGCGGCGCCGUCAUGAGCCCGACGCCCGCUGGACCGCACAGCUCAGCACAGACAUACCGAACGCGGGCCGCUCUGAGACAUGCGCCCGCGGGACGAUGGACGCACGCGCCAGCAGACCCUUUGUGCCGCAACGACGAACGCCAGCACCGCGCAGGUGGCCGCCUGGCAGUGAACAGCCGCCGACAAGCCCAGGUCGAAGUGCCGCCUGCGAACACGCACGACACACCCGAGCAGGGACGCACCUGCGACCCGCCGACACCUCGGGCAUAG